CACUUUAUUGUUAGAAAUGAAAAUUAUCAAGGAAAGAACCGACAAGAAAUCUACAUGUUUUAUUAAUUUUAUCCUGAUAUCCUUGCCAGUAAAUACGAUCUUUCGUAUUUCAUAACAGUUUAUGGUUUCUUCAUGGAGAGAGCAGUCGAAUUCUUCUACUGAAAAUAUAAACAAUUGUAAUCUUAGUAAGUAUCCACUGUACAGUCAGUGUCUGGUUAAGCGCAUUCAAUAAUAACAUCCAAAUCGUAUUGGUACUUCACUAUGAACCCAAUGCCCGGUGUGAUUAUGCAUUAUUAUUAUGAGGGCUCCACCUCCCCACCUCCAUCAUAAAUAUUGAAAUUGAGAGCAAUAUCAAGAAAAGUUGCAUUUUCCGUAAAUUAAGGAAAAUCAAUGAUAACCCAAAUAAAUUUUCCAGUCUACGGGAUGAGCUAUGCCAAUGCUCAUCUACAUCAUGAUGGACAUUCCAUCUUUAAAUUUAUGCUUUUCAUAUAGGGUAUGUGUGGGCAAAUAUUGAGCAAAUAUUGAGAUAAUACAGCAAUAGUGGAAUAGUAGCUGACCAAAUAAAAAAGACUUUUUGAGUAUGGUGGCUGCCUAAAACAAAAUCAAAGAUGCCUCAUUAUAUAUGUGGUAUUUUAGGAGGGCAAUUAAAGAAAGAUUCUGAAUGAUCCUUGAGGAGCUACAGGGCAUUACAGUUGGUAAGUAUAAUUUUUUCAUUUUGAUUUUUCGAAAUAUUAUAAAAAUAAUAACAAAUACAUAGAUCAAUCAACAAAUAUAUAAUAAAUAUAUGUAAAAUGAGCCAAUUUGUUAUACUUUUUGGAGGAUGCUUUGAUAAUGAUAAAAUUGUCUGCUUGGAUAUGACUCUGACUAUGCAUAUUGCUGCAUAUUUAUAAUUAAAUUCAUUCAUAUACUCUUGGUUCUUCUCCAAACCUUCAUCAAUUCUGGAUGCUACUGAUCUGAUGCAUUUGAUGAAUACCGAGUAUUGAUCUCUUAAAAACUACUGUUAGAGCAUUGAUGACUCUAUCUUCAGUAAUAAUCAACUUCUAUUUUUAGACUCGGAAUCCAAAAGUUAAUAAAUAAGCAUGCGAUGAUUUUCACGAUUGGAACAGCCUAUUUUCAAGAUAUGUAUUAAUUUUCCUAUAAAUAAAUAUAAAAAUGAUAAGUUGAAAUGUAUUUUUUGCUUUCGUACACGAUAUCUUUCUGGUAGAUAUAGAAGUAAAGAGAGCAAGAUCAAGAUGUUUGUACGACGAACAAAAAUAGCUACUAAUGAAGAGAUCCAUCGUCAACAAUUGAUUGAAGGUAUACUACUUGGUGAAACACCAGUUAAUUUAUUAGAGAAAAAAGUUGCGGCAAUCACAAAACAUCUAAGCAUCGAUUGCAUACUACAUGCAAAAAUUCACAGUAGCCUCGAUAUUAUCAAAAAAAUGUAUAAUAGUGAAAUGGAGUUGCAUGCGAUGAGCCUUGUUGAUCAUAUAAACUCGUAUUUGCAGGAGGUGUAUUUUAAGUCCGGUGAUAUUAUUCCAUUACCAAUUAAAAAAGCAAUUGUUGUGUACAAAGCGGCAACACCACCAUUACCACCACUGAAUUAUCAACUCGAACAAGCAUCAUAUAUCCCAGCCAAUCUUCGUGAGUUUGAACAUUUAUGUUUUGAAAAUCAAAUGAUAUGUCAGUUCGAUGGGAGAAUGCCAUUUGCCACGUAUCUUUAUAAAAAUUUCCUGUACUAUUUGAAUGCAUCGUGUGUUGAACAAUUAGAUGGGAAUCAGUGUUGGCAAGCAAGGUUUGCCGUUCUACUUGCUGAGACAGAGCAAAAUGAUUAUAUGGCAUACAGCGCAUUUUACAGUAAUAGUGUAGAGUACAGAGGACGUUCGUAUGACUGUGCAUUUGUCCCCAAAUACCAUGUACGAAAUUUACGUCCAAUUAAAUAUAAUGUUCAAUUAGUUGAUGAUAGAGAAUUCGUAGAGUAUUUUGAAUCCUUGAAUGUAACAAGUGUACGACGUAUUCCCAUGCAAUAUAUUGGUAUAUUCUUGGUGUUUCCUUUUAAAGAGGGACAUUAUAUUCAACCGAAUGGGGAGAUUAUAUCUCCAAAUCUAUUACCACCAAAGAAACAAUAUAUCAAUAUGAAUUUACUUGCGGCAAAUAUUUGUAAUGUUAGCCAGUUGGAGGGAGCACUUGAUUGGACUGGACGCGUGGCACAACUCGAUCAUAUAAUUUCAUGUGUUGUUCAUGCUCGUACAUUAAGAGAGGAGGGUAUGGCUCUAAUGAUUCUACGACGAAUGCUGGGUAACUACUUAAAAUUGGGUAUUUAUAAUAUUUCACUUCCAAAUGAAACAGAAAUUCUUACUUGGAUGCAGUUGGUUUGCUCAACAAAAUUACCUAUACUUCCUCCUAUUCAUUACCCUCAAUCACGAGGCACAGGGAUGUGGGUUGGAUUGAUUCAAGAUAUUGCUCAGUCAUGUAGCACAAAUUAUGGUGCUAGUAUACUUUCAUCAGCUUACGCUAUUCCCGAACUCGAAAUAGUCAACGUAUUUGAGGCAUUAAAAUAUGAUGCCGAAAAAUAUGUCUUCUACACAAUCAUCAUGCAACGUUACGCCUGUCCAAUCUUCUUUAAAGCUAGAAAUUAUUUGAAGCCUAAAUUUGGAACAAGUCAAAUUAACUUGACUCAAUAUCAAGUAUGUAAACGCAAUUAUUAUAAUACUACACUCGAUGAACGUCUACUACAAGCCAUAACUCAGCCCAUUGUUCGUUCAACAGACAUUAAUCAAAAUGUCCCAUGGUGUCCGCCAUUUAAAUGCUCAGAUCUUUAUGAAUUUUCUGAUGUUCAGCUCAAAGAGCUCGUGAAAGGUAAAAACAUCCAACUGACAGAUGAACAAUUGGCAGCUUUAAUCGCUCUCGCCAUAACACAAGUCUAGUGUAGAUAUUUUGAUUUUUCAAUCAUCAAUUAUGGAAACCAUUACAAAGCAAUCAAGAUUUACGAAGCGAGGUGUAAUAAUUAAAUAAUCAAGUUCCAUAGUCAUAUAGUAAAGCUUUGUUUUUUAAAAACCCACUAGUAUUUGACAAUGAUACUUGCAUUUUAUAUUAUUCUUGUUACGCUGACACUUAUAUUACAUCAUUUGAAUGGAGCGUUCAAUAAUUUUCCUUCAAAAGCAUUCAUUGAAAGGCAUAAAUAAUAAUUAAAUAAGAUGUUGUUUAGUGAUGCAAUUGCCAGCCCAAUCCCGAACUCAAAUAUGCUCGACACCAAUGCAGGGAGAAUAUCACUCUUCUCGAAUAUCUACCUGAUAUAAUACACAUAAUAUUUUCCUGAACAGAGAUAGUCGGAUGGCAAUCGUGCUUUUUCAACAAAUGUCUUGAGAUUUUAACAGCAACUUUUUAACAGCAAAUUUCCCCAUCUCAAUGAUUUGUAAAAAAAAUUAUCUACAGUCUUUAUAACUUUUACAACUUC